GCUCUGGGAGUGGCUAGUUGACGUCAGCCCUCUGGAGUGUCACACCAUUCUGAACUGGGUGACUUCCUGCUCCAGCGCAGACUGAAAGCAGUGGUUCUCUGGCUGGACUCGACCAUUUCUCUUGGACCAUUUCAAACAUAGUUAACUGACGUUUUUAUUCUGUAACUUCUCCGCGUUGGUGGUAUGAAGCCGUGAGCUCAGAUUAGUUUCUUUGUGUGUGACAUGUCCACUGUCAGCAGGUAUGAGUUUCCGUUCAUCAAAGCGAUUUAAAAUGACCAGCAGCUACCCAGCAGAGAGCGGUGCAGGCGGGCUGAAGAAGAGCAGGAGCAGCUGCUCCAAUGGCAGCGUCCGAAAGGUGGAGAGCAGGAAGACCUGCAGCCUGGAGGCCGCCCAGCAGGAGCUCCAGCACCAAGGCCCCCCCAGGCAGGAGGCCCUCAGGGCCCAGACGGUCGAUGACGACUUCCGAGGCUUCGAGAGGACGGAGGCCCCUGGAUCACAAAGUAGUUUUAUAAAGCACAACAAGACGUUCCACAAGUUGUUUCCCAGCAUUCCGUUGGGUGAAGACUUGAUCCACGCAUACAUCUGUGCCCUGCAGAAGGAGGUGCCCUACCACGGCCGGCUGUACGUCACGGACACUCACGCCUGCUUCUACUCCUCCGUUCUGCUCAAGGACACUAAGGUGGUGAUUCCCGUUUCCUGCAUCCACAUGGUGAAGAAGCAGAACACGGCGCUGCUCGUCCCCAACGCCUUGUCCAUCCGCACCACCGGAGGAGACAAGUACCUGUUGGUGUCGCUGCGGAACAGAGAGUCCUGCUAUCAGCUGCUGCGCUCCGUGUCUCCUCAGCUCCAGGACGGCAGCACCAACAGCAGCCCCGUCUUCUCCUCCGCGGACAACAGCUUUGAGAAGAGCAGGCUGGUGAACUCCAGCCAGUCCAGUCUGGACGACGGCUUCGACCGGCUCGAUGGCUCCGAGUCUCGGUCCUCAAAGGACCGGCCUGUGCCCCACAGAGAGGCGGAGCCUGAAGGCAACGGCCCGGCCUUCAGAAGCCUCCACCUGCAGCCCAGAGACGGCUCGUCCUCAGAGGAGCUGUCAGUAACUGGUUCUUGUGGUUCGUGGGUUUGCAGCGUGACGGAAAAGGCCAAAGCUCUGCUGGUUCAGAGGGAGACCAGCACCCUCAACACGCUGCUCUUUAUCUACCUGAUCUUGGUGCUGCUGCUGCUGCUGUCGUCCGGUUACAUCGGGCUCCGCAUCGUGGCCCUGGAGGAACAGCUGACAUCGCUCGGGGCUCUGUCCGAGUUCACUUUACAGCGCGGGUACCGAGACACAUAACUCUGACUGCGGGAGAGAUCGGUGAUCGUGGUUGGAGGAUUAUUUCCACGUCCUCCAGCAGAGCGCAGGAGGAGGAGUGUCCUGCUCUGCAGACUCCUCCCACCUGUGCCUGUCGGAGACGAGGCGUCGACUUGAAGGGCUGUCCUUCCCCCUCGGGCGGCAGACUAAGGACGGGCCGAGAGGCCCGCACGCCGCCGGCGAGGUGCCACGCCCCGGUUCACGAGCUGCUCCUCAGCUGCAGUUGACGGGGCUCUACCGGUCGGCAUCGGCCUGCUGUAGCACUGACCAGAACAACCAAAGAUGCACACGGAUGAUUUUCAAGAUGAUUUCUAUGACUUGCGUACGUGUCUGAAUACAUCAGCCUCCGGCCUUCAGCUCCGCUGAGCACUUCUCCGAAUGGUUCUCGCUCUUCAGCUGCAGGUUGAGAUGCUGACGCUUUAAAUCCAGAUUCUGUCCCGAUGCUCGGAUCCUGCUCUCUUCAAUCGGCAGGAUUCCUUUCCUCGUUGUUGGCAUGAUUUAUACUAAUUGAUUGAUCGGUGACCAGAGGUUCUGCAGAUGAAUGCAUAAUCGGUGCGUACGUAUUUAAUCCAAUAGGACACGAGGAGGCGUCGCUCUGUUUCUGUGGACAACUUUUCUAGGUCUUUGGUUUUCAAGAGUAGAUUUUAAAUGUUCUGCUGCGACUUUAAAAGUUCACCUCUCUGACUGUUGAAGAGCGAAUGGCAAUCCUAGAAUGUUCCGGUUAUUUCAAGUAGCACAAGUGAUGUAUCGGUCGUGUCUGCAGCCCUGACUGAUGCUGCGUUGUUCUCAUGUCGGUUCAGGUCCGAGUUUCCAACGACACAAAGUGGUCCCGAGAAGAAAUUUCAAUAUGCAACACUUUUUAAUGCAUGGCCAAAAGUAAUUUAUUUCUUGUGCUGUUUUUUAAAAUGGAGCUUAAUGUUUCUGGGGGAGGAAUUGUAUCAGAAAAAAAUGAACAGAUUUGAUUGAACGGCUCAAUCGAGCGAGUGCACUUUUAAAAAAAAAAAGUAGUCUCGGUCCAAGACGACAAGUUUGAGUCUGAAUGUCCGAGCUGGCGUCGGUGUCUGAUGGCGGAGCCGCGGUGGUCUGGGGCGUCUUCUUUGUCCAUUUUGAAAUGCUCGUGAUGGGUUUCACAUUUCAUAAGCGUUAGCUCUGGUGACUUCUCAAAUGGACUUUUCAUUGAGACACCCCCCCCCCCUCUUAUGCGCCUUGUAAACUAAGCCGACCGGUUUCACGUCGCGGUUCUGGGCGGGGUGGAGCGGUUACGUUGACCCGAACCCGGUUUGAAGAGUCAUUCUUAUCGUCAACAUGCCAUAUGCAGUACUGUCAGUUGUUAUAAUCCCCACUAGGGGCCAGCAGCACACACCCACUGAUCUCAUGAUGAUGUGCUUUUGAACUACUCAGUGUUGUAAAUAAUUUUCUAUCAAUUGUUCGUGUCCUUAAUUCUAAUGGUCCUAUAAAUAUAUUUAUUUGCAUUCUGUGUUUUUCAAAGUUGUCUCUGUGAGACGGCUUUACUAUUGUUCAAAAUAAAUCAAGUAUUGCGAAGUG